GCAGUAGCCUCUCGGGCGGACAGAGGCGAAGGAGAGCGAGCUGACGGGUGAGAGAGCAGAGCCAGAAGAAGAGAGAGCGGGGACAGGUGCCGGGCGCCGCGGAAACUCGGGGGCUCGCCCUCCGCGGAACCCCCGUCCCGUCCUGGGGGGGAUGGCGACCUCCUCCGUACCGGAAUCGCCCAGCAGCUCCUCGGCUGGCCCCAAUCUCAACAACAACAACAACAACAACAACCAGCAGCAACAGCAGCAGCAACAACAACAGGAGCAGCAGCAGCCACCGCCGGGCGUGCGCAAGUGCGGCUACCUUCGCAAGCAGAAGCAUGGCCACAAGCGCUUCUUCGUGCUUCGCGCCCCCGGUGGCGGGGCGGCAGCGGGGGAGGAGGCGUCGCCGCCGCCGCAGCCCGCCCGCCUGGAGUACUACGAGAGCGAGAAGAAGUGGCGGAGUAAGUCCACGGCUCCCAAGCGGACCAUCGUCCUCGACGCCUGCCUCAAUAUCCACAAGCGAGCCGACGCCAAGCACAAGCACCUCAUCGCCCUCUACACGCGCGACGAGUACUUCGCCUUGGCGGCUGAAAGCGAGCCAGAGCAGGAGGCCUGGUACCAAGCGAUCACGGAGCUGCUCCACGAGAGCCAGGCCGCGGCACUGGGCUCUCCUCGGCACCAGUCCCACUUGGCCUCCUGCGAGGACUUCAGCUACGGGCCCCCGGGCUGCAGGCUCCCUGCGCCCGCCGCCUACCGCGAGGUGUGGCAGGUGACGCUGAAGCCGAAGGGACUCGGGCAGAGCCGCAACCUGACGGGCGUGCACCGCCUGUGCCUGGCGGCGCGCACGGUCGGACUGGUGCGGCUCAACUGCGAUCGGCCUUGCGUGACGCUGCAGCUUAUGAACAUCCGCCGCUGCGGGCACUCGGACAGCUUUUUCUUCAUGGAGCUCGGCCGCUCGGCCUCGACAGGGCCCGGGGAGCUCUGGAUGCAAGCCGACGACUCGGUGGUGGCGCAGAACAUCCACGAGACCAUCCUGGAGGCCAUGAAGGCGCUGCGGGAACUCGUAGAGUUCCGUCCGCGGAGCAAGAGCCAGUCCUCGUCCUCCUCGUCCGGAGGCGCCGCCACCACAGUCGCCGUGAAUGCGGGCGUCGGCGGCGGGGGACUAUCGUCUAUGUGCAGCCGGCCCAUCUCAGUCCCCGGGCGCCGCCAUCACGCCCAUCACCCGCUGGCGCCUCUGCCCCCCAGCCAGACUGGCCUCCUCCGCCGAUCGCGCACUGACAUCUUGACCGUAGCAGGGAGUAGCAGCAGCAGCAGCAGCAGCAGUAGCAGCAGCCACGGCAGCCGGGUGCGGACGGCCAGCGAGAGUGAUGGCCUUAGGGCUGACUCGCUGUCUGGCAGCCCCCUGAGCCCCGAAACGGGGCAAAUCCCACAUAGCCUUGGAAUCAGAGGGGCCCUUAGCCCACUAGGAGGGCAAGCGGCCACCCACUCUGGGGGCUCCCUAGCUUUAGGGCAUUCUUCCUCCCUGGGACCAAAGUUGACCCCCGAGCCAAGUUUGGCCUCUCAGCGCUUAUCUAGUUGCAGCGCUUCUGCCUCUGGUUCCCCCAGUGACCUAGCUGGCUUCAUGACUUUUGAGGAAUUAGGCUCUAGUCCAGCUGGAGAGCUACCGCCUUUCUCAUCUUCCUCAGCAACAAGCCACCCUAGCAAUACACCCGAGACUCCUCCUGGCUGGCAGUUGGAUGGUUACAUUGCUAGGGAGCGGGAAUCCCUUCGCCACCAGCCAUAUCUUUGUGGAGAGGACAAGGUUCCCAGGAAGCGCACUUACUCUUUGACAACACCAGCACACCAAGGCUCCUUGCCGCCGCCUCCGAUUUCCUCCGCCUCCCUCGACGAGUACACUCUCAUGCAGGCCACCUUUUCAAGAGCGGGAUAUUCACCAAAGACAACCUAUACUCCUUAUCCCGAGGAUUAUUGUGAUGUGGACAUUGGGUGUGGUGGCAUCAGCAGUGAUAGGCCACACUUAGGUUGCGGUGUGCCUAAGGAGGAUGGCUAUAUGCCCAUGAGUCCCAGCGUAUCAUCUGUCGUGUCAUUGCAGACUGAUCCUGAUGGCUAUAUGUCUAUGCACCCCACCAGUGAGUCAGCCCCACAGCAGAUUGCACAGUCUUAUUCUUACAAAAUCAACAGGGAGACUUCUCCAGACGAUUGUGGUUACAUGCAUAUGUGGGGUACCAGAACUAGGCUGCCUGGAGAGAGUCCAGAAGAAAGAUUGGCCAGCGAUGACUACAUCAGUAUGUCCCCUUUGCCUUUGCCCCCUUUGCAUGGACCUUCUGCUUCAGACUCACCUAUGCUCUCUACUGACCAUUUCAGUGCCCUGAGGCUUGGAAACCAGGCUGGUUACUUGGGUAGCCUGUUGCAUGCAUGCCAACAGCCGUCAGAUUCCCACGGUGAGAGAAAGGACAGUGACCAGUACGUGCUUAUGAGCUCCCCGACAGGCGGACAGAAUUGCACUCCCAAAGGGAAAUUCUUUCUUGCUCCGUGCAACAAUGCUGCAGUGCAUUUAUCCAUGCAACGCAAUCAAACGGAGACCUCUUUCAGCCAAAAGACAGUCAAUGCCCAGCCCAGUCACCCUUCUCUGGGGCUUUUGCUACCCAUCAUGAACGAACAGCCUCUUCUAAAGGAACCUCAGAGUUCCAGUGGAGAUUAUGUUGAUAUUGGCUACUCCCUGGCGCCAACCUGUGAGGGUUUAUCUUCUCUGCUUAAACGUGGCUUAGGUGGGCACAACAGCUCAAGGAUUUCCAGUUAUAUGAACCUCAGUUUUGGCGGUCCGCAGACAAACGCCAUCUCUCUGGGGCCCUUGGAAGAAAUACUUUUGCCAGGGUCUUGCCCUAACCCCGGGAAGCUAAACAAGCAUUAUUUAAAGGUUGGGGUGCAGAUGGCUUGCCUUUCCAGCCCAACUUCUGAAGCUGGUGACUAUGCAGAGAUGAUUUUCAACACUGCCACCGCACCACCACAGCCCAUCUCACACAAGCCAGAAAGUGUUUGUGUCACUGGCCCCGGCCCUGGCCUGAAGCAGCUUACCCUUCCUGAGGUGGAGGCUUUUGUCUUCGCUAGUCGUCCUUUUGAUCCCAAUCGUGGAGCCAAAGUCAUUCGUGCUGAUCCUCAGGGGCGUCGAAGGCACAGCUCAGAAACUUUCUUAUCUACCACCACAGUGACUCCUGUUUCUCCUUCCUUUGCACACCAUCCUAAGCGGCAGAAUUCGGCCUCUGUGGAAAAUGUGUCCCUCAGGAAAAAUGAAGGCUUGGGGGGAGAGGAACAGAACAGCAGCCCCAUGUGCCGGGAAACCUCAGCUGGCUUCCAGAAUGGCCUCAACUACAUUGCUGUUGAUGCAUUGGAUGGCAGUGAUCUUGCAGUUGGAGAUCAGGUCGAGCACAAAGACAGGUAUCCUUUCAAUGGAAAUAUCAAUGGAAGUACUUAUGCCAGUAUAAAUGUUCUGGCCCACACUCUGAAAAAAACAUCUUUAGCGAAAGAAUGAAGAAACCAGUUUCACCCUUAUACUUGGUAGAACUGUCAUCAUUUUAGAUUUAAGCUGCUAUAAGGUCCAUUUUUCUCCCUACUUCAUGUAGCUUUCAGAACAUUUCUUAAUUAUUAUUGGAGAAGAAGCAACCUCUCUCAUUUAUCAGGAUCUUUUGCAACACUAUGCCGCUGUUUGCAUAAAUUGUACUCAGCGUGAUAUCUUUUAGGACUUUGGACCUCGGCUGAUGGAUUGUGAUCAUUGCCUUUUCAGUACCAAUGAACUGUACUUAACUCUUCAGCAUGUUAAGAGGUUCUGCUUGCACAUGCUAUAGCAGUAAAAUUUGGUGUUUACUAGCAUAUUUUCAAACCUCUACAGCACUACCUCAGUUAAAAGUCAAACUGGAUUUGUAUUGUGGUUUGGGAUGGCUGACAUUUCCUUUCUCUCAGUGGCAUAGUACAGUUGUCAGCCUUACCGAAUUUAUCAAGAACCCUGCUACUGUCUGGCUGCUUCGUUUACUUACAUGCAACCCAAAAUAGGACCUGAAAAACUUAAAGCCAAGAUGAAACGAGAGAUUAGAUUUCUAUCACUAUAUUUCUGCUAAAUAUAAGAUAUGCUAUGGAAGCAGCAAAACUUGGUACCAUUAAACUGUAUUGGGAUGUCACUCUAUACCUCUGACACAUUUGUUUGAGAAUUUCUUUUAAAUUUCUGCAGACUUCAGAGAUCUUUUAUCCUGUUUGUAUGCUUAUAUUUAUCAGCUAUUCUUGGUAUUAGCUCAUUUUCUUGCAACAAAAAUUUAGAAAUGAAGGGUAAUACAUGACAAAAAGAUGGCAAACUUUUGUACAACAUUCUACAUAUUAUUCAGUAAAGCUGAAUAUUUUUCUUCAACAAGAAAUAAUGAUUUCCAUUUUUAAAAAAGCAUAAUAUUUGGGGAGAGGGCAAAAUUUUCAGUCAGUCUCCUAAAGAUAGUUCAUAAGAACCUACAUAUUCAGUAUUUUGAAAAUAACGGUGUCAUGGCUGCUAUUUUUACAUAUCUUAUAUUCAGAGCUUUGAUGGUCCUCUGUGAAUUGCUUCUGAUCCAUUUUUGAUUGAAGAGACUUUUUAAAAAUGUAUUGUUAUCAUUACUAAGAGCAACCAUAGGUUUUUCCUUGAACAUUGUCUGUGUUUAGACAAUGAACACAAUGUCACCAGAAGCAGUACUUUCUAUCUUUAUUGAGCUCAAGACAGUUCAAAAUUUUCCUGCUUUCAUGCUGAGCAUUUUGGCAGAGGGCUCUGUAGAACCAUGCAUCUGAAUGUAAUCUCUACUCACUCAAAGUUUUUGUUCUUGAGGGAAUGGGAGGAGAGUAUAUGUUGAAGAAUGGAAUUAUCAAUUUUUUUAAAAAAGUAACCCACAUUUCUUCAAAUUUUUUGUCUGCAAUUUCUAAUAUUCCUGAUUAAUGCCCAUGCUGGCUUAGGUUGUGGAAAUUGUGAUCCAGAAAUCUUGAAAGCAUUAAGUUGUGAGGGAAUGUCAUAAAUUAAAUUAAUAAAGAUAGCUGGAUAUUGUGUCCUCAAGUAAUGGAGCACUGCAUCUGAAAGACUUCGGGGGGGAAAGUCAGUUCCUGAUACCAUAAUAGUCAAUUUAGUUAGUUUCUAAAAUAAACGAGCUUGAAUAUAUACUGACAUUGUCAAUACUUUACAUUUCACAAAGGCAUAUGCAAAUAGUUACAUUCUUAAUCUAGUUUACAAUAUGAAACCAAAAUGUAUAAAUGUUAAAUUUGCUAACACUUUGCUAUGUAUAUUGGGUCUUUGUACAUUCUGCCUGAUUUUACCUUAAAUUUUAAAUAUUUUUUGCUAUGUAACAUUAACAGUUAUAAGCAGUGUUUUCUUUUUAGAAAUAUAAUUGUUUCCGGACAUUGAUAUAGUAAAUAUAUUUCUUGGCAUUGUGCUAAGGCAAAACACUUAAUUUAUCUUGCUGUGUCUUCCAAUGCACACUAUGUAUAUAGAAAUGAUCAGUGAUGCUGCUGGGGAGGAGAAAACAUGGAACUAAAAUUUAGUCUUUAGUCUUUACUGAUCUUGGCUGCUAUCCUUAAUAGCCAUAUGCAAUAAAAUAUUAUUUAUUGAAGCAUUAAA